GAGAGUGGACGACCCAAACACGGACGGUUAGCAGCAACUAUCAACCAACGGCCGCCUGACAGCCCUUUAAAAUAGCAAAUUCUUCAGCGGUAAAACAAGAAAAAUGUGACCAAGUGAGAAGAGCAGCUUGGCGAAGACUGUCAGAAACGCAUGACAACCAACUUUGGUUGUUAAGAGAGGCGCACCAUGGCAUCUCAGCCGAGGUAGGCAGACACAGCUAGCUGCUAACAGCAGGGCGCUAGCUCUUCAGCCUGACCGGCAUAUACAAUGAAGAAAGGAACCGUCUUCGCCUCCGAGCGCGGGAACAGAGGAACCAAGAAACAAGCCCACCCAAAGAACCCAACCCUGAGAAUGUGCCACUCUUUAGGGAACCAUACAAGACAAACAAAGGGGAUACUCUUUCCAAUCGAAUCCAGAGGAUGCUGGGUAGUUUUGAAGAUGUGAAUAAUCCCUGUCCCUUAGCCAUUGAGCCUUUACCCAUUCCUACUUAUGUAACCUUCUCACAGUCAGAUCAGGCUCAGCCAAACACAGAUAAACCAGCCAAGCCUCCAUUCCUUAACCAAGUCCACACGUCCAUCCCAAGUCAGAAAGCCCCCUCUUGUAACGGUUACUCCUCUCAGCCCAUGAGGACGUCCACUGCCCCUUCUCCUCCUAACCAGCAUGGACAUUCAUCCACUUUCUCGAAUAGGUCCUUAAACCACAGUCAGCUCGGCCUCUCAGCACAGCAACAAAAGAAGAGUGAAGCCCACUCAGGUCUCAGGGAGUGUGUCAGCCUUCCCCAGGAAAUGUCUUAUCAGUCUCCUGAUGCCAAGCGGCCACCCUUCCCACAUUCCAUUGACCAUGAUAACUAUGACACGGACACUAGGGACACCUUUGAUAGACUUCAAGUUCAAGGGUCCACAGAUCACCACCCUGAGUCUGACAGCGCCAUGGAUGUUUCCACAUUUGACCUGAAACAGUCCCCCAAAGAUUCAUCUCUGCCUCAAGCAAACAAAGGUAACACACUACCUUCCCAGACCUUCCCUUCACUCCUGUCGUCGAAGCCGCCCAGCGUAGUCAUGACCCAGAAGCCCACAGCGUAUGUGCGGCCCAUGGAUGGUCAGGACCAUGUGGUCAGCGAGUCACCUAGGCUGAAGCUUUCACCAGAGCCAUAUGUACCUCUACCGGAGAUAAUCAACAAAUCUGCGCUAGGCAAAACCAAGUUGCUGCCACCAUUUUUGGAGACAAGGACAGAUGAGGUUCAGUGUGUCGAAGAAAUCUUGAGGGAAAUGACCCACUCAUGGCCUCCUCUCCUGACAGCCAUACACUCACCGAGCUCAGUAGAACCCUCCAAGUCUCCGUUCCCAGCCAAGGAAGCAGCGUGUCUCUCUUCAUGUCCUGUACAAAAAAACUACAAGUCCCCUCCAGCAAAUCCAUCCCAGCUCAUCCAGCAGAGCUCAUCAUCGUGCCGUAGAUCACUUGAAGCAGCACAUUCCCGAGGGGUAGAGCCGGCCAGCUCCAGCGACUCAGAGUGUAGCUCAAGAUCAGAGUCGGAAAGUGAAAGCACCAUCGAGGAGCCGCCUCCACCCCCUGUGAGCAUCUCUGUUAAAACCGAGCCUGAACCUCUAGCAGUGACCCAUGGUGAUUGGCAGCUCGGGAACUGGAUCCAGUCCAGGUCCAGCCAGCAGAACUCGAGCGCCGAAGGUCAAAGCUGUUCACAUCCCUAUGAAAGCCCCACUCACAAGCGGCCACCGCCCGCUCACAGCUCCCAGCACCCACUCAGUGCAGAGGUGGUCGACCCCUACAGAGAGUCCAAACCUUCUUCUUCUUCUUCUAACCAGAAAGAGUUGACCCAGCAUCACAGUGAAAGCCCUCAGGACAACUAUAACCAUCAAAGUGGCCACAAAUCCCCCUCUGCUGGUUUGAACAUCUCCAGGACACUUUUAUGCAACACACACUCCUCAAAACCAGUGACUGCAGGUUGCCCAGAUCACACUAAAGCAACUAUCAACGUGAAGUGUGAGGAAGUGGUCGAUACGCGAAACAAAGACCCCUGUUUUACAGAUAGACCCAAGGUUAAGACGAAAGUAGGGCACAGCAAGAACAACAGCGAGACUAAAAGAGACGGUAAGAGGACUUCUAAACACACGUCACUUGACAAGCGGAAGACUGGAUCAGAUCCUGAAGUCACUGUGGUACUGUGUGUUCAUUGUCCAUCUUGUGGUGUUCGAUAUCCUAACCCUUGCUCCUGCCCAACCCAAAGUCCUGCAAAGGCUGACCAGCUGACCCCCGCCCCGCCACUUAGAGUCAGUUGUAGCAAACCAAUGUUGGAGACCCUCUGCCCAAAGGGAUCCAAGGUUCUUCACAAAACGAGCAAAAGGCACUCAAAGAAAACUGGGCACACGAUCAAGAGUUCUCUGGAACCCCAGAAGCCUUUUAGCUCCCUGCUGGUGAAAAUUGAUCUAAGUCUGCUCUCAAGAGUUCCCUGGACCUGCAACAUCCACCAGGAGUUACCCAACAAUGCAAAGAGAUCAGCACUGGUCGUAGAGCAGCAUGCAGGGGGUGGUGAUGCUUCUACACCACACAAAGUCAUCAAAAGCAGCAAAAAGAGUAUAUCUCAAAAUGUCGAGGUAGACAAUUCAACUCAUCCCAGGAAGAAACAGAAGCUGGAAAACAAGAAUACCUCAUCAACAAGUCAUGCUUCUGUCAAACUAGAAUGUUCCAGCAAGUCAAAAGCAGACGGGGAGCGAAAGAAAAAGGUGGAUAAAAAACCUGUUCCUAUGCAGCAGCCUCUGACACCCAAAGACCCUGCUAAAGACCCUGCUAAAGACCCUGCUAAAGACCCUGCUAAAGACCCUGCUAAAGACCCUGCUAAAGACCCUACUAAAGACCCUGCUAAAGACCCAAAGGUGAACAAACGCAGUUCUGGGAAGCCCCAGGAGUCCAGCAAGGAGGCAGCAAAGAGCAAGGACUCCCAGAAGCACAAGAAGAGCGGCGGAAAGCAUGCCGAACAACCACACUUUGAAAAGCAGAAGCCCCAAAAGAGCACCCCUGCUGUCCCAUCAUCUUCACAGACCCCCAGGGGAGCUUUGAGCAAAAGGCCCUUGCUCAGAGUUGAGGGGAGGCAGUAUCCAGUGAAGCAUUACAUAAAAGAGGCCAAAAAACUGAAGCACAAAGCAGAUGUAGAGUCAGAUAAGCUGAUCAAAGCUUUUAACUACCUGGAUGCGGCCAUGUUCUUUGUCGAAAGUGGUAUUGCCAUGGAGAAAGAUCCACACAUUUCAACGUCUUCCUACACUAUGUUUGCAGAAACAGUGGAACUGCUCAAGUUUGUACUGAAACUUAGAAACUCAGUGGAUGCCUCUGCUACUGCUGCAGAAAAAGACUUUUUUGCUUUAUGUUUGAAGUGCCAGUCCCUCUUGCAGAUGGCAAUGUUUCGCCACAAACACAAAAUUGCCCUCAAGUAUUCGAAGACCCUCACCGACCACUUCAGUAACUCAACAACUCGCGAUCCUCCUGUUUUAACACCAAAAGUCACACACACCCCGUCCUACAUGCCCAACAUGCCUUCUCCAGCCAACACGUCCAGCAGCUUUGGCUCCGGCCACAGCGGGUCGGGUGUGGACCCUGCGGGCAGCACUGUGAUGGUUCCUCAGGCCAUUGGACAAGUGGCAUUAACCUACGUCAACAUCACUACAUUAGUUUUAAGCGCUCAUGACAUCUGGGACCAGGCGGAGGAACUGUCGCAGAAAGGCAGCGGUUUGCUGACAGAGCUGGACUCAGUCAUGGGUGCAUUGAGCCUAACUUCCAGUAUGAGCUCCGUGGUGCGCUACACGAGACAGGGCGUCCACUGGCUGAGGCUGGACAGCCAAAAGGGUGGAAGGCUGCAUUGGGCUCACCGGCAGCCCAGUUUAGGAAGCCCAGAGACGUCUUAUCCGUCCAGCCCCAGCCGACUAGAAAAGCAAGGUUUCCUAAAGGUAGUUCAGGCAACAACAUGGUGUGUUUCCUCCCUGUCAGCACCUUGCGCCUGAGUCCGAUCCAGGCGUCGGCUCGGCCCUGCAGGACGGCCCCGGCCACGAAGGCCUGGUCGUAGCUCAUGUCGAUGCUGGCCAGGUUCCCUCCCUCGUCCCGGCAGGCCGCCUGAGCCGCGUCCCAGGUGGCCAGCUCCUCCACCAGCCUGUAGCAGUUCAGAUACCAGGAGGUGUAGCCAGUCGGGCAGGGGGCCUUGGUCGGGGGUGGAGGGAUGAUGCUGCUCGCUGAUGUGGAAGCAGAUACAGAAAAGUAUUUGAUUAAGGACUGAAUUGAGAUUUUUAGCUCCUAAAUGUUUUUUAUGUAAACCCUUUGGAGUAACAUUGUAGAAAAAUUGUUUUAUGUGGCAAUCUGUGCACACAUCAAGUUUAAUAGGCAUACAUGUUGCCAGUCUGAAUGAUUAAGGCCAAUGCAAUUACAAAGAAACAUGUAUGACUAAUGGAGUAUUUAUUGUUGUAUUGUAUAAUAUUGUUACUUUUAUUUAAAUGGAGGAUCUAAGUUUUUCAUCCACUACUGAAAACAGUCCAGGAUAUCAACCCGUAUUAUUAAAUAAAACGAAAUAAAGCCAAUACACUGCAUGAUAGAACAUUUCUCCCUGUAGGAAUAUUACAGUAGCAUGUUAAAUUGAUUACAAAAAAAUGCUCUCAAGUACAGUUAGAUCUGUGUGAAUUAACUAUUCACUACAACAGCCUCAUUAUAUGUUCUCUAGAGAAAUAUUGUGCAAUGACACAGCAGAUAAAAUGCCACAAAGUACAGUAAGGUUAAAAGAAAAAAAUAUAUAUAAUUUAAUUCAAAACUUGUGCACGGAUUGUAAAACCGCAUUUUUUAAAUGUAAUUCCUGUUUCUAUAAGCAAAUAAAU